AGAGAGAGAGAGAGAGAGAGAGAGAGAGAGAGAGAGAGAGAGAGAGAGAGAGAGAGAGAGAGAGACACACUGAAUAUGCGAUAGCAAGAAACAGUUUAUUUCAAUUAGGCUAGUAAAGCGAAUCUCGGAUAGGAAGGUGACCAGAGGAUUGCGCUUCUACGCGAGGGAACAUAUAUUAUAGAGCCGUUCUGUUGCAGUUACAGACGAGCUGAACAGGAAGAAUUCCCUUGCUUUCUGAGAGCGAGAAGGAGUGACUCUGAGGCAAUGAGACAUAAGAACAGUGAAGAAAGUUUAAAUUUCUAAAACAAACUGAAACUCACGACUACAGCGCGGAACACAGAAACCAUGCACUCUAUAUACAGUGUGGGGUAAUUGCCGUUUCAUGCGCAUUUUAACGGAUCGUUUUCUUUCCUGGUUUACAAGAACCAGGACAAAAGUUUAUCUAACGGAACGUAUAACAACAUACAGCACAAAUCUAGACUGUUUACCGGAACGUUGAGCAUUUUAGAAGAACUGUGGUGUUCUUCGCAUUGCAUAGCUUAGCUGGUAUUUUCUACCUCGCUGGACUGGUGAUUUGUGGGUCCGCGGACGGGUUGUGGAUAUAUAUAUAUUUUUUCUCCCAUGGCCUCUGCCAGGAUGUACUUUAUAACGAGAUGCAUUUUAAUAUCCAUGAUUUGGAAGAGCAACCGGGCUCUUUUAUGUCUGCCGUGUGAUGAAUCUAAAUGCGAGGAGCCAAAGCAUUGCUCUGGCGCCGUGGUGCUCGGUAUCUGCGGCUGCUGCUCCGUCUGCGCCAAACAGAAAAACGAGAGCUGCGGUGGUGUCUACGGUCUGUACGGGACUUGUGACCGGGGGCUCCGGUGCGUGAUCAGACCGCCGCUGAACGGUGGAUCCAUCACGCAGUAUGAAGUCGGAGUCUGUGAAGAUGAAAACUGGGACGACGACCAGUUGUUGGGAUUUGAGCCGUGCAACGAGAACCUGAUCACGGGCUGCAACAUCAUUGACGGGAAGUGUGAGUGUGACAGCAUACGGACCUGCAACAACCCCUUUGAGUUCCCCAGCCAGGACGCAUGCCAGACCGCUCUGAGGAAGAUUGAAGAGGAGCGGCCUGACUGUUCCAAGGCGCGGUGUGAGGUGCAGUUCUCACCCCGCUGCCCUGAGGACUCGGUGCUAAUCGAAGGUUACGCACCCCCUGGAGAGUGCUGUCCCCUGCCCAGCCGCUGUGUCUGCAGCCCUGCAGGGUGCCUGAGGAAGGUGUGCCAGCCUGGAUACCUCAACAUCCUGGUGUCCAAGGGCUCUGGGAAGCCUGGAGAAUGCUGCGAUCUAUACGAGUGCAAACCAGUGUUUAGUGUGGACUGCAGCACAGUGGAGUGCCCUCGUGUCCAGCAGAUUCAGUGUCCACCUGACAGCUAUGAGACCCAGGUGCGUCUCACCGCAGACGGCUGCUGCACCCUUCCCACCAGGUGUGAGUGUUUGCCCGGCCUGUGUAGGUUCCCACAAUGCACUGCCGGGAGCUCCCCCGAGGUGGUCUUCCACGGCAACGGUAACCCCGGGCAAUGCUGUGAUGUGUACGAGUGCAUCAACGAGACCAAACCAGCGUGCAGCUUCAACGGGUCGGAGUACCACGACGGAGACAUGUUCCGAAUGGACGCCUGCCGCUUCUGUCGGUGUCAGGGAGGGGUGUCGGUGUGCUUCACCGCCCAGUGUGGCAUCCUGCACUGUGAACGCUACUACGUCCCUGAGAGGGAGUGCUGCCCUGUCUGUGAAGACCCCAUCUACCCAGUGCUGAACUUUGCCGGUUGCUACGUGAGCGGGGAGAUCCUCGCACACGGAGACCACUGGCGUGAAGACGACUGUACGUUCUGCCAGUGUGUGAGCGGCAAUGCCCGGUGUGUGGCUGCCGCCUGCGGGCACAGCUGCCUCAACCCUGUGACUGUACCAGGAGAGUGCUGCCCAGUGUGUGAGGAGCCCACCUACAUCACGAUGGCGCCCCCUACCUGUCAGUCAUUGGAGAACUGCUCCCUGUCAGAGAAGGACUGCUUAUACGGAUUCCGACAGAACCUGAACAGCUGUCGCACCUGCCACUGCAAGACACGAGAAGAGCUGUGCAGUGCCCUGACCUCUGACUGUACCCUGAAGUGUCCAUUCGGCCUGCAGACAGACGCCCAUGGCUGUGACGUAUGUCAGUGUCGCCCCAGACCCAAGAAGUGUAAGGCUGUGGUUUGUGACAAGGCCUGCCCCUUCGGAUUCAUAAAGAACAAGCAUGGUUGUGACAUCUGCCGCUGUAAGAAGUGUCCAGAGUUACCUUGUGACAAACCCUGUCCAAUGGGCUUCCAGCAGGACGAGAUGGGCUGCCUGAAGUGCCAGUGCAGAGACCAGAGCUCCUCAUCAGUCGCCCCAUCAGUGAAAAAGGGCUCAUGUCUGUCCAUGGAUGGAAGACGGCACGAGAAUGGGGAGAACUGGCACGAUGGCUGCCGGGACUGUUACUGCCACAGUGGCAGGGAGAUGUGUACCCUCAUCUCGUGCCCCGUGCCAGCCUGCGACAGCCCUGCCAUACGGACUGGACAGUGCUGCCCAUCCUGCCCAGAGGAGCCCAGCUCCCACAAGCCAGACCUGGGGGACUCGUCAGUGUGCCUGGCCCCGGGGGGAGAGUACUUUGUGGAGGGGGAGACGUGGAACAUCGACGCCUGCACCCAGUGCACCUGUCACAGUGGGCGUGUCCUGUGUGAGACAGAGGUGUGCCCGCCCUUGCUCUGCCAGAGCCCAAUCAGAACACAAGACUCCUGCUGCCCUCACUGCCCAGACGAGCCCAUCACUCCCCAAUCUCCCAGUAAUGACAGCAUGCCCAGCUACUGCAGGAACGAGGAGGGAGACAUCUUCCUGGCCGCAGAGUCCUGGAAGCCCAACACCUGCUCCAGCUGUGUGUGUCUGGACGGUCAGAUCAGCUGCUUCUCAGAGUCCUGCCCACCUGUUGGCUGUGCCAGGCCCGUGCUACGCAAAGGACAGUGCUGCCCCUAUUGCCUCGAUGCCACACCGCGAGCCGUGUGCCACUUCAAUGGGAAGACAUAUGCAGACGAGGAGCGCUGGGACAUAGACAGCUGUACACACUGCUACUGCCUUCAGGGACAGACCCUCUGCUCUACUGUCAGCUGCCCCGCCCUGCCUUGCCACCAACCCACCAUAGUGGAGGGCAGCUGCUGCCCCAUGUGUUCAGAGAUGUACGCACCAGCACCCACCAACGUGCCCAUCGAGAAGACAGACCAGCAUGGAGACAGGAACCAGCCUGCCUGGCCCACACGCAGUGAAAAUGACAUCAUGCCCCAGUUCAGAGGGGACUUUGGUAGUCUCCAAAUGCCCUAUCUGGAUGGGAAGACCCCAGUUCCCAGUGAGGACACCAAACUGCACUCUGUGGCUUGGGUGGCACUGCCCAUCGUCAUGAUGCUCUUCACCAUCACAGCUCUGCUUUACGUCAACCAGAAGAAGCAGUGGAUCCCUGGGCUCUGCUAUCGCACCCCCACUAAGCCCACCUGCCUCAACAACCAGCUGGUGUAUGUGGACUGCCAGAAAGGUACCACGGUGCAGGUGGACAGUUCGCAGCGCAUGCUCCGGAUCGCCGACCCUGAUUCUAGGUACAGCGGUUACUACAGCAUGCAGAAACAAAACAACUUCAACAACCUGCAGGCUGACAACUUCUACCAGACUCAGUGAGACAGACUGGCCUCGCCUCGCGUCCUCUACUCAGCAGUCAGCAAGCAGCCAAAACCAGAGAGAGAGAGAGAGAAUGAGAGAGCACCUUACCUACAGUACCUUCAGAACAACUAUGACUUACCACAGACAGACAAAGACAUGUCACCAAACCUAUAAGAUGACAAGAUCACUAGCAAACUAGCAAAGGUCACUCCAAACAAAAAAAGAACAGACAGACAAUUGACAAUGUCCUCAAGAUUAAUAACAAACCAAACAAAAUAGAAUAGAAUUAGGAUUAUGAUGACACAAUGGGAGAACCAGAAUCUAGACUUUCCCUAGAUUAUUAUUAUAAAAAAUGAUUGUGAGGGAGUGUUACGUGUGUGUGUGUGUGUGUGUGUGUGUGUGUGUGUGUGUGUGUGUGUGUGUGUGUGUGUGUGUGUGUGUGUGUGUGUGUGUGUGUGUGUGUGUGUGUGUGUGUGUGUGUGUGUGUGUGUGUGUGUGUGUGUGUGUGUGUGUGUGUGUGUGUGUGUGUGUGUGUGUGUGUGUGUGUGUGUGUGUGUGUGUAAAGUUAGAUAUGAAGCUUUGGGAUUAGGACAAACUGGGUAUUUUUCAAGCUAUGGUAUUUUCCUGCAUUCCUGCUUCCUUGAAAAAGGCCUUUGAAGAGAUAAACCGAAUAAUCCAAGCUAUUGUUUUCUGUUGAACACUGAACUUUUAGAACCAAAGCUCCUCUGACUGUCAAAUAAAAAAUCACACCCUGUGAGAGCGAGGCUAGAGGAACGCUGUGGCCUGUCUGAGCUGAGCUAAGCCAUGGCAGGACGGACUGACGACUGCCGGACUUCAUGUGGCGACUCAGACGAAAGAGAGUGAACGAAGGAAAGAAAGAGAGGUCAGACACCGUAGACCACAUCACAGACAGACACCUCUCUCAGGUCUGUUCAAGCUGGACUAUUCCUCCCUUCUUUCCUUCCUCUUUUCCUCCCCUCCUUUGAAAACGUCAAAAUUGGCUCGUUGUCUUUUCUUUUCCUGUGGAACAUCACCUGUUGGAAAGGAAGUGGACAGAAAGAAAGAAGCGCCACUCGCUCCGUCACCAGGCGGUUGUUCUUCCUGGUCAGUCGUUUGGAUUUCUAAUAUCUGUUUAUUUUCCUUGGAUGUUCUCAUUUUCCUCGUCAUUUUCAAAUCUCCGUCAUAAUUUGGCUAAAUGUAUUUAACAUCAAAGGACAAGUUGACUUUCACUCACUCCAAACAAUGGUGUCUUUUAUUUUGGAUAAAGAAUAAAGGGGUUCCGGUUGAUAAAGGCAGGAUGAAGCGAGUGUAUUUCUCGAGGACUUGCGCAUAUGCUUUAUAAGUGCUGCUUUGCUUCUGUAAGUCUGUUUUCCACUGAGUCACACACACAUAGAGAUACUCUUUGGCUCCUUUAGGAAACACUGAGAAUACAAGGAAACAUAGUGUCAUCGAAUAUGUUCAAAUGUCUUUUCUCUUGGGGUCUCUGAAGACGAACUACGGUAAAAGUAGCUCUUUGAUAUUUUUCCUCCUUCCUUUUGUUUUGUUUUACUGGCUGUGCGACUAACAAGUCUCCUCUUCUGGAGGCUGUUGCAUCACCUCGUUUUACCCAAGCACCUUUGUUAUUUUAGUCUUUGCAACAAACAAACAAAAAAUGGUUUCAAACAUUAUAGGAACACUUGUGUACAUAUUACUGCAACAGAUGAAAAUAUUGUGUGACUAUAUAUGUAUGUAUGUUGUGUAUGCAUGUAUGUACGUGUGUCAACACACAUUCAUACAUACAAGGUUUGUUUUCUUCACAUAUACAUUUCUCCAUUCAUUUCCUAUUGAAUGUAUUUAUGAUUGAGAAAAGAGAUGUGAUGUAAUAAUGGCACACCUGAUGAGAACUAGCAUUCCAUUUGCCUUGCUUGUUUGAAAAAAGUCAAAAAGAGGAGUGAUAGAGACAGGACGGAAAAAAGACGAACGUCAAUCUUUUUUUUCUCAUUUAUUUGAUGUCAUUUUUUUAAAAACCCAUUGUAUGUCCAUGAGGGCUUUGUUUGAUUGGUCUGUGAGUUCCCUAUCUAUUUGUGUCAAUAUGCUUCCCUGAAUGAAGCAAUGUCCAAAAUGCCAACCGUAUAAUGACAAGUGAGUUCUGGGCUGAGCAGUACCAGGCUCUCUCAAUCUUUUAUUCUUCUCUUUCAUUUGCUUCUGAUGUCAAAACUACUGGAAAGUGGGUGGACAUAAGCUCUGGGAGAGAGAGAGGGUGGGAUGGAGGGAUGGAGGAAGGGAGGGGUAGUUGUCGACUUGUGAUAGUUUGUCUUGGGUGUAUCUUAAUCUGUCUGACAAAAAUGUACGUAGAAUCAUACAUCUUGGCACUUUUAUAUAGAAAAUAACCUCUUGGUGUUUUUUUAAUUUUAUUUUUGUUUUUACAAAUACUUUUCUUUGAAAUAGGUGCCCUUCGUUUUUUUCUGAGCCCUGUGAGAUCCAGUGUUACAAAUUAGGUUCCAGUUGCUUCUGAAAAUUUUAUCUGCAAAACCACAACUUAAAACUCUGCAUAAUAGUUUGUUUAAUGUAGAACUGUAAAAUUGGAAUGUGAUACAAGACGAGGCAACUGUGUGCUUUAGGACCAUGCGGAUACCACCGAGCGGUCGGGUAGGCUGUUUGGAGUGUUUAUCCGACUGGAUUAAAAAAUACAAAAAAAAUUAUACCCCCCCUCUUCUAAAACCAAAGUUGCGCCCCUGAUUUCUGAUGAGAGGGAGAAAUAUUUAACUUUCAAAACAGUUAUUGCAACUGAAGCUUGCUCUUGUUCUAAGUUUUCUCCAAACAUAGGACAAACAUACUCAAAUAUACUGUAUAACCAACAGCUACUGUAUGUUUUCAAAGAACAGUUGAUUGGUUCAAUUCUCCAACCUAUUAUGCAGCUCUAUCAUCUGGACACAAACCACGUUAUUCAAACCCCACUUAAAAUCCACAGAAAUUCAGAUCGUUGAAGUGAUGAAUAAUAGUGAUUGAUUUGAUUAUGUUCUAUUGUACACACACGUCACCUUGACUGGCUGAGUUCUUAUAUGACUUGGCUGUAGGUUGCAGGACAUGGCUCUACAACUCUUGGUUGAGUAAAGUGCUACUACAAGAUAAGCAUCUUAUUCACAAUGGGUCUUACAGGGUGAAAUCUUUGUAUUUUUCAGUGCAUCCUCCAAGUAUUGUUGUAAAUACUUGAGCAUCACUUGCCAAAUCAAAAAUAAACACACAAAAAACAUGGUUGGAAAGAAAGAGAGAGAAAAAAAUACAAUUUAAUUUAUUGUGUUAAAUGACCGAAAUAAUUUAUUAACGAGUAAGAUAAUUGAACAUGAACAUAAUAGGAGAUGAAAUGAUAAUGCAGCUGAAAUUGUGAAACUGUUUUGGUGUUGUGUUGGUCUCAAAGAGCGUUUUAAAUAAGUUUGUACUUUAGGCAGGUGGAGAAGUUGGAGGAUCACAAGCUUCCUCAUCUUUAAUCAGGGUUUUUGGACACCUAUGGACCUGCCUGAUCCCAGGUCUGCUUUGUGCUGUCUUGCCAACUUCCAUGGUCAUUGUCAUUGCACUUUGAUUGUCACGCAGUGUGAUAACGACCAUAUGAGUUGGCUAGCUAGACAACACGAGCAGAUCUGGGAUCAGGCUAGAUCUGUCUUGUCCACGCACAAAAGCCUGACGCCCUGAUGAGCCUGUUCCUCUGUCCCAAUAAAGAUAGCCCUUUGAGAUGGGAGGGAUAUCUCUUUGUUCCCAUUCUUUCCCUUUACUCUUUUAAUUUACACAACUGCCAAUCCCCUUUAUAGGCUGUAUAGUACCGUUGUUUUAUGCUUAUGUAAAAAAUUAACAUGUUGAUAUUGAUAAUGAUGAUAUUGCAAAAACAAGAUCCAUAAAGAGUGAUAGAUAAAGACGUGGUUCUGAAUUUCCCGUAGCAACAGCGGAUUCUUUUGCAGGUUCCUGUAUUGUUUUUGUUUCUUUCUUUGCAGCACAAUAAAUCAUUUGAAAACAGA